GAUUGACCAUUAGCACCAAUGGGGAUUCCCAGCAUAAUUUACAACUGCACCACCCAAGUGUUCACAAUUAGAUAUCUUUUUUGACGUUUUAUGUUGUAGCGUUUUUAAGAAUAGAGCUAAAAUACUAAUAAAUAAUUAUAAUAAAUGUUAAUUGAGAAUGUGCUGCAGGUGGUGGUUAUUCAGGACAUGUGGUGUGUCAGGCUGGCUGCAGUGGCUCUUCCCAUGGGUUUACUGCUUACCAGGACUAUGGCAUGGAUGUCUAGUGGCAGGACACAUCCAGAACUAAUAAGCCGUUUGCGAGAACAUGGUGUUAUACAUAAUGACAGAGUGUUCAAAGCCUUGCUUGAUACUGAUCGGGGAAUCUAUUCUGCAUACUACCCCUAUGAAGAUUCUCCUCAAUCAAUAGGGUACAAAGCCACCAUUAGUGCUCCUCACAUGCAUGCACAUGCUUUGGAGAUUCUCAGUGAUAAGUUAACUGAAGGAGCCUCUGCACUGGAUGUUGGCUCAGGAAGUGGAUAUCUCACUGCCUGCUUUGCAAGAAUGGUAGGACCAACUGGAAAAGUGGUGGGAAUCGAGCACAUAGAAGAGCUAGUGCAAACCUCCAUAAGGAAUGUCCAAGCUGAUGACCCAGAGCUGUUAACUUCUGAACGAAUCAAGUUAGUAGUGGGAGAUGGCAGGUAUGGUUUUCCAGAUGGAGCACCCUAUGAUGCCAUUCAUGUGGGGGCAGCAGCACCUACAAUCCCCAAAGCGCUUCUGGAGCAGCUGAAGCCAGGUGGAAGACUGGUUCUGCCUGUAGGUCCAGAAGGUGGGAGUCAAGUACUGGAGCAAUAUGAUCGCCAGAGUGAUGGCAGCUUUGUCAAAAAGGCUCUAAUGGGAGUGGUGUAUGUGCCACUUACAGACAAACACCGACAGUGGCCAGGUGGUGAGCUCUGAUUCCAGUAUGGUUGCUUCUGCAGGAGACGGCUCUGGUGUUGCUGUGCAGAGAUCACUUAAGCCAUUAUGAAGCGCGGACCUAUUAGAGGUGGCUGAUUAGCAACACCACCUGGUCUCUCCCACCAUUCUCAUCCUCAAACACUCAAAACAGGUUUUCAAGCUCAACCAUUCUUGGCACCUAGACUGUACUUGCUUAACAAGACUGUAACGCAGUGGAGUCAAAAUUCUGCCUCCAUAUUUUUUUGUGACCUAAAAUAGGUAUAAACUGCAAGGCUAACUCAUUUACGUUUAACUCGGGAGAACAUUUGUACAGUGCUGUACAGUUUAACAUACAUGCAGUUACCAGUAGGUACAGUACACUUACUUUGUGGCUACACUAAUUGCUUAUUUGUAAAGGUAUACCUACAAUAUAGAUGCACCUAGAUGGUAUCCAAGUGCUGCUUGUAGUCCAUCUAUUACUAAUAGAAUGUUUGUCUGGUAUUCUCUAUCCCAGCCAACAAAGGACAGCCUCCUCUUUAAGCUGACAAAAUGUAAUUAACAGCAAAUGGGCUACAAUAACUUAUUGUGUACAUACACUAGUGUACCAAUAUGUGUACAUAAAUUAACAAGGUAGAUGUACAUAAAUUUAAGUACAAAUGUGUAUAUUUUUAACAUAAAUAUAUUGCAGUAAAAGUAGAGUGGCAAAAACUACCUACUUGCUGAUUUUCCAUUUCGAUGUUCAAAAAUCUGUUAUAUUAUAAUUUAAUAAAUAUUCAUAUGUUAAAAAUAUUCUCUUCAAUUUGCAUUAAACUUGACCUGAUCUUUCAUUUA